AUGCAGAUUGACCCUGCGGCACUGAGUCGAACAGACUCUGCGUCUGCCGCACUCUCUUCAUCCAAAAAUACGGCUCCCAGUUCUUCAACAACUCAGAAAUCCACUAAAGCCCUGAUAUCCGUCCCGCGACUGGAUUUGGAGCCUAUCUACACGGAGCUGAAAGCCGCUAUUGGCGACAAGUGGACUGAGUACAAGCAAGCUACCUCUGGCUUUCUAUUAGGAGAAUUGAACCAAGAUGAACUCGCAUCGCGGAUCGACUCGAUAAUAUGCGCCGACCCGAAAACCGAACAUCUUCACAAUAACUUUGUCUGCGCGAUCAUUGGGAACCUCACGCGGGAUCUUCCCGACCAUGGCGUUGCAAGCUGGGUCUCCGCGAACGACAAACCCUCCGUGGUGUCAAAACCGACCUCUGGAGAUGCCGCAGAACAGCGACUCAAGACCGAGGUCAUGCAGUUGCCUCCUAGAGAUCGCCGGCGGAUCAAGGGAAUUCCAGAGCGUGACCCGCACGAGACGAUACCCAGUGAAUUGGAGGAAUACCACCUGGCUAAACAGGUCAGGGUGCCCAACCAAGUCCCCGCAAGCGCGGGCGGCUUGAAUAUGACUAAUUGGGAGUUGGAAGUACGAAAACGAUAUGAACAGUCGCUCGCCCAAGAAACCGGCGAAUUUCCUGAUGCCGAAUCGAUACACGCGCGGAUGAUCCCCAUAUGCUACGAAGAGUCUGUCGUAAACGGCGCGGGCGUUGCAUGCGCCGAGUUCAUGGCGAUUGCAACUGAAACGUUUGUUAAGGAGGUUCUUUCGGUCGUAUUCUCCCGGACAAGAUCGAACGGCCCGUCCGGUACUAUAAACGGUAUGAUGAAACGGUCGUACAAACAGCAACUGGAGAGAGAAGAACUAGCUUUCACUCGGGGAGAAAUCGCCAAAGACAGCGCGACUGGUUUGCUUCCCGUGGAGGCCAAGGAAGCUGGUACUCGCAGCGCACUUGGAGUCAGGGAUCUUCGAUUGUCGUUAGAAAUCGGAAGUGGAGUCUUGAGCCAUAUGCCGUUAAUCGUGGAUCAGAUCAUGGGAGGCUAUCUUGAAGACGAACUAGAAGCCGACAAACAAGACCGUGUUGACCUAGAAGACAGAAGGCCCGUGGGCUACGUCGAUGAAAUGAACCUUGAUGAAGCAGAUAUAGGCUUCGAAGGUGCCACAUCGAGCGACCAAGACCAACUGGACGCAUUGCUAGACGAGUGUCUCUCGAUGGCCGCCUAG